CUCCCCUCCCCUCCCCCACUCCCGGAGCUCGCACGGCCGGAAUGCGGCUGCGCUGCGGCUGCUGAACAUGGCGUGCCUGCUGGAGGCCCCGAUGCGGAUGAGUGUGCUCUCGGAAGUUACAGCCAGCAGUCGUCAUUAUGUUGACCGUCUCUUUGAUCCUGACCCACAGAAAGUGUUGCAAGGAGUUAUUGAUAUGAAGAAUGCUGUAAUUGGAAAUAACAAGCAAAAAGCUAAUCUGAUUGUCCUGGGAGCAAUACCAAGAUUGCUUUAUCUACUACAACAAGAAGCUUCAACUGUUGAACUUAAAACUGAAUGUGCUGUAGUAUUAGGAAGUCUCGCAAUGGGGACAGAAAAUAAUGUCAAGUCUCUUUUAGACUGUCACAUAAUUCCAGCAUUAUUACAAGGUCUCCUUCUUCCAGAUCUUAAAUUUACAGAAGCUUGUCUUCGAUGUCUUCGCACAAUAUUGACAAGCCCUGUGACGCCUGUAGAGGUUCUUUAUACAGAUGCUACAGUGGUUCCUCAUCUUAUGUCCUUGCUCAGUAAAUCACGAUAUAUACAAGAAUAUAUCUGUCAGAUUUUUUCCCACUGUUGCAAGACUCCAGAGCAUCAGGCUGUGUUGUUCAACCAUGGUGCAGUGCAGAACAUUGCGCAUCUACUGACCUCAACGUCAUACAAGGUUCAGAUGCAGGCAUUAAAAUGCUUUUCAGUCCUGGCUUAUGAAAAUCCUCAAGUUUCUUUGACUCUUGUGAAUGUGUUGGUAGAUGGUGAAUUGUUACCCCAAGUAUUUGUGAAGAUGAUGCAGAGGGAUAAACCUAUUGAAAUGCAGCUGACAUCUGCGAAAUGUUUGACGUACAUGUGCAGGGCUGGAGCAAUUCGAACAGAUGAUAACAGUAUAGUUUUAAAGACUCUCCCAUGCCUUGUUAGGAUGUGCAGUAAAGAGCGGCUGCUGGAAGAGCGUGUGGAAGGUGCUGAAACUUUGGCAUACUUGAUAGAACCUGAUGUGGAGCUGCAAAGGAUUGCCAGCAUCACGGAUCAUCUUAUUGCCAUGCUUGCAGAUUACUUCAAGUAUCCUAGUUCAGUCUGUGCAAUCACAGAUAUCAAAAGGCUUGACCAUGACCUCAAACAUGCUCAUGAACUUCGCCAAGCUGCAUUCAAGUUGUACGCCUCUCUUGGAGCGAAUGAUGAAGACAUCCGGAAGAAGAUAAUUGAGACUGAGAAUAUGAUGGACCGAAUUGUGACUGGCUUAGCUGAGUCUAGUAUCAAGGUGCGGUUAGCUGCUGUCAGGUGUUUGCACAGUCUGUCCAGGUCGGUACAACAGCUUCGGACAAGUUUUCAGGAUCAUACUGUAUGGAAACCACUAAUGAAGGUAGAAUUAUUACAAAAUGCACCCGACGAAGUCCUUGUAGUAGCAUCAUCAACACUAUGCAAUCUUCUCCUCGAGUUUUCCCCAAGCAAAGAGCCAAUAUUGGAAUCAGGUGCCGUGGAGCUGUUAUGCAACUUGACUCAGAGUGAAAAUCCAGCCCUCAGAGUAAAUGGAAUUUGGGCGUUAAUGAAUAUGGCUUUUCAAGCUGACCAGAAGAUAAAGACAGACAUUUUGCGAGGGCUGAGUACUGAACAACUCUUCAGACUGCUUUCAGAUUCUGAUGUGAAUGUACUAAUGAAGACUUUGGGACUGCUCAGGAACCUCUUAUCAACUAGACCUCAUAUAGACCAGAUAAUGAGUACUCAUGGAAAACAGAUAAUGCAAGCAGUCACUCUCAUUCUUGAAGGGGAGCAUAAUAUUGAAGUUAAAGAACAAACAUUAUGCAUACUUGCUAACAUAGCAGAUGGAACAACUGCAAAGGAGCUCAUCAUGACAAAUGAUGAUAUUUUGCAAAAAAUCAAAUACUACAUGGGUCAUUCAAAUGUAAAACUCCAGUUGGCUGCUACUUUUUGUAUAUCUAAUCUUAUAUGGAGUGAAGAGGAAGGUUCUCAUGAACGUCAGGAUAAGCUGAGAGAGUUGGGAGUAGUAGAUAUUUUGCAUAAAUUGGUUCAAACUACAGAUCUCAACCUUUCUGACAAGGCAAAAACAGCACUGCAGCAAUUUUUGUCAUGAGUAGCCAACCUGUUGGGAUCCAAUCUGAAGCUCUAAAUGGACAGCAGGUGGGAGGUUCAGUGGAGAGCCCAUCCCUGACCCAUUUUUGCACAAGUCACCUUGGACUGCAGUUUUUGUGUGCAGUGAUUCAUGAAGAACUAUUAGUCGUUCAGGAAGAAAAUAUGGAACAAUGCAGCAGAGAAAAUUCCAAUCUUCUAUGACUGCUUACACAAAAAGUUACCUUACAGAAUGUUUGUUUUCCCUUCCCUUUGAACCUGAAAAAAUCUGCUCUUGCUGCAGCUAUUUAGUGUGUGAUUGGUUACUUUUUUGAAUUUUGUUUUUAAUAGUGUUUUCUACAGAUUUUUCUGGGUAGUAUUUUGUUUGCUGAAUGAAGGUUGUACCUGGUGUAAAGACUUCACCUACACAAAACACCCAAAAGAGAAUGUAAUAUUUAAAAAGUGUGAAAAAAGUUUGUGAUUCUGUUUGACGCUCUGUAGAGUAUGUAAAAUAUUGUGUGAACUUGAUGAACCACAGUUAUCUUUAUUUGGAACUGCAUUUGUUUAUAGGCCUACACAGGUACCGUUGGGAAAUGUAUUCUAACUUUUGGUAAUCCCAAAAGAUCUUCCUUGGGGAAGGGGAACAUAGAUGUACCGGUCACCAGCCUUCACAUCAAGAUCCAGGUAUAAAUCCAACUCAGAGACAGAUAAUGAAGCAAUUCUCUCUCUCACUUUCAUUGACUCCUUUUAGUAGCACUGCUGCCUUUUCCUUUGACUUUUUGGCAUUAUACUUGAAGAAAAAGUAGGCUGUGUUGAAAAGAUUGUGGUAGUUUUGUCCAGUGCAAACUAAAACCAGAUGUCAGUGCUACUAACUGGACGUGUUUUCAGGGUCGAGUGUUGUGUGUUGCUUUGUAUGUAUAUCGUGCAUAGAUCUGUAUUUAAGGUGAGCAACAUCAUCAAAUCACUUUCAGGAAAACUGUCCUAUCUUGGCAUUAUGGAUGCCCACUACAAAUCAGCUCUGCAUCCUGAAACAUGGCAAAUUCUGCCAACAUUGACAGCUUUUGUGCCACCUGAUUGGUGUUUCUGGUAUUGCAGAUAAACAAAGUUGUAUUUACAAAUGGAUUUUGCUGUCUAAAAGACUUGUGCAUCCGCUUACCUGAACAUUGACAUUUUCAUAAUGUUCACAAUGCUAGACUAGAAUUGUCACUGCUGGCAGAAUGAAACUUUUACCUUGAGCUAUUGUUUUCAGACAAUAGUUAAAAAUAAAAGCUUAAUCAAAUAUUUUAGAUGGAAGCUAUGCUUGGGAAAAAACUUUGAGUAUAGUGUUGAAAUAAUACCUGUGUAGGCCAUUCAAAAAGAAUGCAGUUUUCUCUUAAUUUAGUUGAGUUUUAAUUGAAAUAUCUCUUUCACAAUUCUUCGAUCUGUCUCUUUAAGUUUUAAUCCCUUUUCUCAAUGUUGACAUUUUACUUUUAGUAGCUGUCUAGUCUUUUGCUGCCACAUAAAAUCUACUAGUAUUUGUAAACUACUGGGUUUAGCACAGGAGUACAAAAAGAGGCUUCCCUUCUGGUUCUUGGCAAAUAAAAAAAAAGAAAGCUUUGUAAGGAUUUGUAUUGAAAUUUCCAGUGUUUGUUCAUACUUGUGUUGUCAUGGUUGCUGCAUGUGUUAAUGCCUGGCUACUUCAGCCGUUUUCUUUAUGUCAGCAGGUAAUUUUUGGAUUGUGUAUUGAAAUAUGGAUGGAAAAUUGCAAAUCAAAGGUUGAAAUAUUUUCACCAAGCAUGAAUGAUUUGAAUAUGUAAACAUUUUUAAAAAAUAUCCUAAAAACACUUUUUUAAAAGUAAAUUGCGACCACUACAUUUUAAGUACACUCCCAAUGGAUUGUUUUCUUACAUUGCAUUUUCAACUGAUCUAUUUCAGUUUUUGUAUAUACUUGUAGCUGAUUUGAAUAGGUUUCAGCCUUUAUACCCAGGUGUUUUAACAGCACUGUCUAUGUAAUAUAUUGCGAAGAGACUAUCACAUUUAUAUGAUGUCAUUUCAAGCUCAAUUGACAGAAGUCUAUUAAUAAAGUGUGGCUUCUUAGAGUGUUUUAUAACACCGGUUAUGAAACGUUAGUUAUGUCCUGUAUUAACAAGGGUAUAUUGUGAUAACAGUAUAAUGUACUCACAUUCAUGGUGUCUGUGCAGGAAAUAUAUAUUUUCUUAUUAAAAAAGAUUUUCAGUUAACCUAU